AUGGAUCAAGAUGUUGAUAUGUAUGGGUACUUGCCCAGCAAAGCAGCCGCAUUAUUCGGUAUUAUAUUCUUCAGUGCUAUGGCGGUCAUAUGUACCCUGCAAAUGAUAUUUGGGCCGUAUAAGCACUGGUGGAUGACUACAGUUGUACUUCUCGCUGUAGGAGAAGCAAUUGGCUGGGGUGGGCGCUAUUGGGCUCAUUUGGAUCCAACGAGCUGGAUGGCUUUCAUGAUCCAGAUUUGUAGUAUCGCAAUCAGUCCUGUCUUGCUAUCUGCCGCGGAUUAUGUCCUCUUCUGCAAACUUAUCGAAAAGACAACUCCUCGCCUCUUCCCAUUUCCAUCUGCAAUCUUCUGGGCUGUAUUUGUCAUUUGCGACAUCAUCUCCUUGGCCAUCCAGACUGUAGGAGGAGUCGAGGUAUCAAGCGCCAAUGACUUCGAAUCAUUGAGUCACGGGAGUGACGUUAUGCGCUCGGGGAUCAUCUUCCAGUUCAGCAACACGAUAAUGUUUGUGAUAAUCAUUACAGUGACAGUGCUCCGGUUCCGCCAAAAGAAAGCACUGUGCCCGCAAGCGAAAUGGCCCCUUCUGGUGGCUUUGUGCGUGUCAACUGUCAUGGUGCUGCUCCGCAAUGGAUAUCGGAUUGUUGAACUGUCGGGUGGCUGGAAGGGCCACCUCAUGCGCACGGAGACAUAUCUCAUCUACUUGGAUAUGGUGCUCAUGGCAAUUGGAGUUGGAGUUUUUGUUAUUUUUUCUCCUUCGUUCUUUUUCCGUGAGGAUAAGAAGCUUGCCAAUGCGAUGGAGCUACUGGAAUAG